GACGAGCCCUUGCAAAACUGCAGUGAUAGAACCCUUUUCAAAACACACUUUUUGCUCGGAUCGUGUGGUCCCCACGCAGAGACGCAGAUUCUCACUCCCCCACUUGGCGUUGUUUUUGUGUUCGAAACGGCCCGUUGUUCCAGGAUAUAUAGGAAGGACGAUCCAGUCUCGGGGCCCCAUCCCUUCCACGUAGCACAAUGCCAGACCUGAUUCAACUUCCAGUGGAACUUCAAAGUCAAGUCUUUGCUCACAUAAAGUAUCCCGCAGCGUUUGCCGCGACAUGCAAGCACAUAUAUACCCUCUCAACCAUCAAGUCAGUCCGACGGCUCUGGCUUUGGUACAAUGCCGAGUGGCUAGAGGAAGAAUGGACACGAUGCGUGGGUCCACGAAGUUUGGAUGGACAUGUCUAUUCAAAGAGUAAACUACGGGGAGUUCCUUACCGCAUGCUGGCCAACCCUGAUUUCGUCGAAACCUUUUUGGACAUGCGCGGAAAAGAUGCGAAUGAUAUCAUUUGCAACAGGAUUCUUCAGUGGAGUGUACCUGGGAACCACGCACGAAUUGUUGAAAAGCUCCUUUCCAGAACGCCUAGACUGCAUAUACCCUCGCAGACGGUUGAGGCUCUGUUUCUUAGUUCUGCUGUGGCGGGAUACACUGCUAUCCUAAAGUGUUUGGUUACCCACCGCUUUGAGGACGUAUCGAGGAGAUUGCAUUUGGCCGGGGUGCUAGCUUCUAGGCACGGACGAGCAGAUGUGGUUCGCUUUCUGUGUUUCGAGACGUCGUGCGAUCCCUUCCUGGAAAGACCUAAUGGGCUGGAGUUGGCCGCUGUCUGUGGACAUGUAGAGGUUGUCAGAAUAUUGGUGCAGGUUUGGGCAAGGAAGAAAUUGCAGGGUGUGGAUCAGUCCAUGGUGAAGUUGGAGGAGCAUCUGUUGCGCAAGGCGGUUGACAGAGGCAAUGUUGAGGUAGUGGGAGUGCUGUUGGAGAGUGGAUUCACGUGGGGAAUGAACGGUUCGGCAGAGUCGGCGUUCGCAAAUCGGUUCGACCAGAUGGUAACCUUUUCGAGAGCGCAGUGUGCUACUAUCUGAAUUCGAAUAUAAUAUUGCAUAGCGAAAAGUGAUUCAUACCCAAAAUCACAUAAAUACAUAAUUAUCUUUAAACCGUUAUUAUUAAAAAACUUUAAAGUGUGCAA